AUGCCCUACGUCGACAUAUCCACGGGGACAGACUAUGCUUCCCUCUGGUACAUCACAAACUCCCCUACGGGCACCGUCGGCGGCUUCGACCCCGCCAAGCCCACCGUCAUCAUGCUCCACCCCAUCUUCCUCGACUCAACCUGGCUCUACGCCCAGUUCGAAGACCCGCGCCUCGACAAGAGCUUCAACAUCAUCGCUUUCGACGCCCGAUGCGCUGGCAGGACCAUUUCCCGUCCAAACGGCAAGCAUGACCACUGGACAGACGCCGCAGACAUCGCGUUCGCGUGCCAUGCCCUGUGGCUGCCACCAGCCCACCUCUGGGCCAGCGAGUCGUUCGCGACCAAUGCUGCCCUCCGCUUUGCCAUCAUAUUCCCCGAAAUGUGUCUCAGCGUCACGUUGUUGACGGUCCCCACGCCCACCGAGCUUAAAGCUUAUUUCCACCGAUUUGAUGAAUCGCUUAGCUUGUGGAGUAACGCGGUAGACCUGGACUCGCUCGAACAUUCCUUGAUGGAGGUCAUCACCUUCCUGCUCGGGCCGGACAUCCACGUGGAUCUAAUGGACGACCUCAUCGCCUACCUGGAGAUGAAGUAUCCGCCCUUCAGGCGCUCCUUCAUCGCAGAGAUGGCCAAUCUGAUCAUGAACCGGACGGCAUUGACCGCGAGAGAGCUCGCAGCCAUCACCCAACCCGUCCUUCUCGUUCACGGCGACAGCAACGAGAUCCAUCCUCUCGAGUACGCCGAGCGCAUGAAAGCUGAACUCGUCAAUGCCCAAGAUGGCGCGAAGCUCUACGUGAUGAAAGGCGCGCAAGGCUACCUCAACGUCGUUCACAGCUGCGCAUCUCUGGCCAACCAGGUCUUUUGGAAAUUCAUGAACCGACUCCCGCCUUCGCGGUCCGACCCCUACAGGCCCGAGCUGUGCCUCGUGGAGUACAUGCGGCAGGCCCUCGAGCGGCUCGCCGCGUUCGCAGACGAGGCGGCAAUAGCCACGCGGGACCCGCGCUCGCCCAUGUCGUUCUCCCGCGUCACGAAGCCCGUCGAGGAAUCCCAAAUGGAAAACAUAUCGACCGUCGCCAAGGGUCAGCGGUUCGCGCUGUCCCCGCUCGGGGCGGACGGGAGGCCCAUGCGCAAGUACACCGAACGCGUCCACGACCAUUGGUUCCAGGGUGAUCGGGACGGCAUCUCCUACGCGUCGGGCACCAGGCUCGACCGCAAGUCGCACGAGCUCGAGACGCUCCCGAUCGGCGCGCCGACGCUCGAGGGCACGAACCGCGAGCUCGUCACGCACGACGUCAUCCACGAGAACGCGCUCCGCCGCCCCGCGUUCACGAGCCCCGCCAUGACCUCCGCCGAGCGCCAGGUGAUCAAGGGCAGCGUGAGCAAGGUCGCGGCGGUGACGAGCCUCCCGAUCGGCAGGCUGUUCGGCUAGAGACGCGUGCGCAUGCGCACGAUGUGCCGGCGGUGCUCCGCGUGCUGCUGCACUGGGCGGGCGGGCGGGGCCGCCCCCGCCCGGCGAUGCACAUACACGCUCGUGUUGGAGGCGACCCACGCGCGUUGGGAGGCUCCCCUGCAUAUAGGGCUGCGCGGGCGCACAAAACCCUCGGGAGAGGGCGGUUUUUGUCGGACUCCCCAUCGUUGGGACGGACGAUUCGAUACCGAUUUAAGGCUGGUACCGCACAUAUAAUGACGACUCGAUGUAUAAUGGGAUCUUUCUAGUCAUUUUCCACACGUGCUUUGUAUUUACUGGUUUAUGCUUUCAUUGGGGGCUCUCUUUAUACU